UCAAGUUAUUGCACUCAUCUUGCCUGAAAGGGACAGACAGUCGUAUAAAGGUUUCUGGUGGGGCUCAAGACUGCGCAUACUUGUUAGCUCUCACAAAUACACCGAAGAUGCACCAUUGUCCUUUGGCGGUUUUGGUAUUCGCCGUCGCUGCAGCACAAGGCGUAGCUCAUGCAAGCCGGCCAUCAUGCACGGACCCCAGUGAGUCAGACUUUGAAUACUACCGCUGCUUCAACUUCAGCAGCCCCGACGACUUCUCCACGCACCUCGUUCGCCCUCAACUUCACCAAGACUUGACCUUCAUUCUCAAGGACAGUAGCUUGAGUCACCUGCCUGAGGGUGCAUUCGCGCAGAUAAACGCCAGCGUUCUGGAACUUAACAAUGUGCGUCUGGACACCGUUGCACUGCCGGGAGAGAAUCCUUUCGCAGGACUGGAAAGUUCUCUGAGAAAGCUUAUCCUGAGCCAUGGAACGACAAUACCGACAUCGUGGGCACAAUUUUCGUCUCUCGGACAGCUGAAGACGCUCCGCAUUUCUGAAGCAAGAAACGUCGUGCUUUCCAGAAGCUUCAACGAGUUACCACAAAGUGUCAAAGUGAUCAACAUCGCCUUCUCGGAUAUCGCAUCGGUUGACGAAGACUGGGUGUCCAGUCUGGUGAACCUAGAGGUCGUCGGCAUUCGUCAUUGUAAUCUGCAGGUGUUCUACCGAUCCAUGCUACCGAGACCAGCGCCAAAACUGUGGAGAAUCGACCUUUACAAAAACAACUUGACAUCCCUUCCAAUAGACUUCAGUGCCGACAUGCCGCUAUUACGAUCGGUGACCGUCGAGCACAACCACAUCGCCACAUUCCACCCAGACACGUUUGCUCCUCUUACUCUCAACGAGGCCAACAGAGUUCGUUUCAUUGGAAACCCGCUGCACUGUGAUUGCAAGCUAGCAUUCGCUUUGCAAUACCCACCCAGCUGGUUGAAUGCACACUGCGAAUCGCCGCAGGCUCUUAAGGACCAACCCCUCAAAGAUCUCACUGUGGAACAAUUGACUUGCGCUGACGGCGCAUAAAUAUAUCUCUAUAGCUCUAUACCUGGAAGUGUUAAAAAUAAAGUAACAUCUUGAAGCGUG